AUGGUCAAUGUCAAAGCCUUUAUUUUAGUUCCUGUCGCUCUCAUGACUACCGCUGCUAUGGCACAAAGUAGUGUCUCUCCAGCCUCCGCUGAGAUGGAAGCCAGCGCCUCUGCUGUCCUGGCAGACAUGGCAUUUGAUGCAGAGAUUCCCCUGAACGUUGUCCUUGAAAAGAUGGAGGCAUUGGAAUACAAAGCAGCAGCAUCCUUUGAUAAUCUGGGUGAUUUCGUAACUAGCGUCCUAUACCCACUAGGCUUUGGUCAAUUGUGCGAUACUCUACUCAAUGUCAGUGCGAAUUUGGGCUACAUCUUGGAUUUGAAUACAAGAAAUGGUGUGCAAUGUUCAGCUGAGAAUAGGAAUGUCAUCAACAGUGCCACAAGCUGUAAAGCUCCUGAUGACCUUACUGGCUUUGUCAAUUCUGUACUCUGGCCACUUGCUAUCAGCGGCUUCAAGGACACUGCUGAAAAGAUCAAUGCACAAGCAUCUUGUUUAAAAAAGAUACUGACCGGACAAUAA